AUGCGUGAUUUAUUAAAUUCAUUAAUACAUGAAGCCACGGAAGCAGUGGAAAAACCAGUUAAAGGACGUGAGAAGAAGAAACCUAGACUCUCAACUACAAGUCAACAAUCGUUUGACUUUGGGGAGAUUAAUGACAUGCUUGAAGAAUUCGAAGAAGAAGAUGAUGAAUACGAGUUUGAAGAUUCAGAUGAUGAUGAGGAAGAACAAAAUGAAUCUUUUGAUGAAGAAAAUGAAGAGCCUCGAGGCAGAGGUGAUAAAAGAGAAAAGUCACAUAAGCGACAAAAGAGUGUACAUGAAGAAAGAUUUGAACAAGGAAUGUUGGAAUUUAAUAGGAGUAUUGCAGAUUUUUCCACACUUGUUGAUGCAAUAACAACAGAAGAUAAUAUGCAAGAAUAUGACCCUUGCAUACAAUAUGUGGAUCCAACUGACCAACUCAUACAACAUCCAAGUGAAGACCUUGCAAAUCUUGAUGAUUUCUCUCAACAAUGUCGCCUUCUUACACGUGCGCUCAUUCUUCCAUUCUUACAUGCUACACACUCUUUUAUGUCCGAAUCUCUUAAGACUAAUUCACCAAGAAGUAUGACAAGUACUACCAGGACCUUUAUGAACCUGAUGUACUGGACAUUUUUAUUCACACUUGGAUCAUUGGUAUUAGACGCAUGGUUAUGUGAAGUUGCAGGAAGACAAGUAAUUAGAAUGGUUGAUUUAUUAAAACCAGAACCAUUUGGAUUUAUUUCAAAUAAUUGUGAUCAAGUAGCCGGUGAUCAACAAGAUGGAGGGUUCGGGGUUUUGAAUGACGGUAAAAAAAAAAACGUCAAAUUUCGAACGGGCCCUAAGAUAAAGUCCGUUACGUGGAAAGGUGUAGAGACGGGAGUUGUGGGUAGUGGAAAGAGGUGGUUGAAGGAUGGAAUGAAGAAUUUGAAGCGAAAAGGUAGACGUUUGUUGACUAGUGGUCGAUGGGAUGGAUGGGAAGUAUUUAAUAGGACGACGGUGGGACGGUUUGAAGAUGAAUGUAGUGAUGAUAGUGAAGAAUGGGAGAUUGUAGACUUUGAUAGUAGCGAUGGCGAGGAGAGCGGAACAGAGGAGGAUGAAAUUGAAAAUCCAGCACUUGUUCUAAGACGUAGGAUAACCAAUGAACGAUUUAGGCGUGCCGGACACGUAAACAGUAUGAUAAUUGAGGACAGUGCAAAAAAGGAAAUAAUAAAUGAAUUGAUUGAAACUGACGUGUCCACUAUUACAGACCAAUUAAAUGAUAUGCAAGAAACAACAGAACCUUUAUUUGAAAAAAUAACAAAUAGUACACUUUUUCAGGAACCAGAAGAAAUUUCAGAUGAAGUUAAUUUAAAUAUACCCGGAUCAUUUCCUUCAAAAUUUAAAUGGACGCCGCCACCUCCAAUUGUCGAUGUAACAGAAGUAACAGAAAAUGUAAGACGAGUAAUAAGUGUCGUACUACGUCGACCAAAACGUAAUGGACCUUUUGGUGGUAGUGGUUCGUUUUGGAUAAUGAAAACACGUAAAAUAAAAACACGGAAUAUAACGAGUAAAGAUGUUACUUCUGCAGUCCUUAAAAGCUCAAGUUCUAAAUCUAGUCCAAUAUCAAAGAAAAAGAGCUCAAAAUCACUACCAAUUCCCAAAAGGACAUGGAUACGACGGAAUAGUAUAUAG